AUGCCACAAGACGCGGAGAAGCGUCGCACCCAGAGAGCUGAAAAAGCAGCAGCGGAGGGACGCAGGUUUGUGGCCAAAGGGCCACAAACCAAGGUCAAAGUCAAAAACCCUGCUCCGAAAGAUGCUGCUAAGAUGACCGUGAAGAAGAGCCCUGUAUCCACCAGCGAGACGCAACCGUCCGAAGCCAUGCAGUGGAAGCAGAUGUACGAGCAGAAGUGCAGGGAGUUAGAGUUAGAGAAGAAGCACUACGACGAGUCCCGGAAGACGAUGCGCGAGGAGAAUUUGACUUUGCAGACGGCGAACUUAAGUUUGCAGAAGCAGUCCCUUGAUUAA